UCUUUGCACUUGUGGGGCUGAUAGGCAGAAAUAAGGUGGGGGGAGGACAGGACAGCAGCCGGCAGCGCGCGAGGGGGAAAGCCGGGCUGCCGCUCCCCUUGAAGAGCCUGGCUUGCUUUAAAAAAGAGAGAGAGAGGAAAGGAAAGGAAAAGGAAAGGAGAGGCUGGGAGAAGGAGCCGCUGGUGCCCCCAUGGGGGAGAAGAAGAUGCGAUGGUGCCCUUUGCGCAGCGCUGGGCUGGAAGGCGCCUCCGCCGCCGGUCCCUCCCGGGCGUGAAGAGCGGGCAGGGGUAGCAGCAGCAGCAGCAGCAGCUUGCGGCGCCGCGGGGGCCCCGUGACCGGCUGAGCCCCCCGCCCCCCUCCGCGCGCACUGCUGGCCGGCGGGCCGGCCGGCCGAAUGAAUGAGUCCCUGAAUGAAUGGCUGGGCGGAUGGAUGGGGGUCCCCUGCUGCGCCGCGCCAUGAGCACCGCGCGCCUCGGCCAGCUCGCCCUGCUGCUGCUGCUGCUGCUGCUCUCCUCGGCGGGCGCGCUGGCCCUCGCCUCGCAGCCCCGGGGCGCCGCCGCUGCUACCGGCCCGCCCGGACCAGCCGCCGGAGGAGGAGGCGGCAGCAGCAGCAGCAGCACGGCCACGGGGGCUGCUGCCGCCGCCGCCGCCGGCUUCGCCUCGCCAGCGCCCGAAGGAGGAAAAGGGCCUGGAGAGGCGCGCCUUGGAGACGCGGCGGGUACCUUCGCCUCUCCAUCCUCGCCGCCGCCGCCGCCUCCCACUCCCCGAGCCAGCCCGCGAGAGGAGGAAGAGGAGAAGGCGGCAGCGAGGGACGCGCUCGGCUCCUGGGAGGCCAGCAACGCCACCGGCCCCCCGCUGCAGCCCACCUCGGCUCCUCCAGCUGAGCCCCAGGGCGGCGCCACCUCGCCGGGGCCCCCCGGCGACGCGGGAGCGGGCAGCCCCACGGCGCGCCCGGGCGGCAGCAGCCACAGCAGCAGCGCCUCGCCGGGGGUGGCCCCCUCGCCAGCCUCGCCCUCAGCAGGCGCCCUGAGACCCAGCAGCAGCAGCAUCCCGACGACGGAGCUGCCGUCCGCGCCUGCGGAGGAGGAAGAAGACCCGCUCGUCCAUAGCGGGACAGACUUCUUCUGUAACUGCAGUUCGGCUGGGAGCACAGCCGUGGACGCCUGUAACACGACGACGGGCCAGUGUGAAUGCCGCCAGGGUUACACUGGCCAGCUGUGCGACGGGUGUGAAGAAGGCUAUUAUCCAGACCCGAGCAGUGGGCGCUGCCGGGCCUGUGGCUGCUAUUCCGAAGGCUCCGUCUCCUUGUUCUGCGACAACUCUGGAAGAUGUCAGUGUAAAGCUGGAGCAACAGGUCCGAAAUGCACCCAGUGCCAAGGAGGCUACUCCAGGUUCAACAAAACCACCUGCGAACCUUGCCGGUGCAAUAACCACUCCAAGAAUUGUGACCAUGACACAGGCACUUGUCUGGACUGCCAAGGCAACACGGAAGGCCCUUAUUGUGAACGAUGCAGAGAGCAUCACUACUGGAAUGGCUCACGUCACGAGUGCGUCCUUUGCCCAUGCUCUACCAAGUCUUCUACAGGCAACUGUCGGAUAAAGCCUGGUCACCGCACACCAACUUGUGACCAGUGUAAGCCUGGCUACACUGGCAUUGAUUGCGCCCAAUGCAGUGACGGCUACUACAGUUCUGACAGCAUCUGUGUCAAAUGUCAGUGCAACGGCAACGUUGACCCAGCGAAGUCGCCCCAGGUCUGCAAGCCCGACACAGGCGAGUGCCUCGGUUGCCUCUACCACACGGCUGGCCCCCGUUGCGAAAGGUGCCAGGAAGGUUAUGCCAGGCAGUCGGAAGGCGGGAACUGCACCAAGCCAGAAUAUGUUCCUGAUCCAGGAAGCAGAGGGCUCACCCCUUCAGCGACAAAACCCAGCAAGCCAACCUCUCUCCCAACGGCAGCUGCCAACAGCACGCAAACGACCGUACAGACGCCGUUCUCAGUCAGCCCCUCCGACAAUAGCACCUCCACUUUAGCCGACGUCUCGUGGACUCAGUUCAAUAUCAUCAUCCUGACGGUCAUCAUCAUCCUGGUGGUCCUGCUGAUGGGCUUUGUGGGGGCCGUCUACAUGUACCGUGAGUACCAGAACCGGAAACUGAACGCCCCCUUCUGGACCAUCGAGCUCAAGGAGGACAACAUCAGCUUCAGCAGCUACCAUGACAGCAUCCCCAAUGCCGAUGUCUCGGGCUUGCUGGAGGAUGAUGGGAAUGAGGUGGCGCCCAAUGGCCAGCUGGCGUUGGCAACCCCCAUGCAUAACUACAAAGCUUGAGAACAACACGAGCUUGUUGCGUGUACUUCAACGUCUCUUAGGGCCAUGUUGCAUGUUUAUGUCUGUGCCAUUGGCCUGAUGUGCCGGUUUCCCUUCCCUAGACAGUAGCCAGUAGAGUGGGCUGCAACCUAGAUUUGGACUGCAACAUAGGGGAAGGUUAAGUCUUUGCCCUGCCAUGGCUCGAAUCCUGUCCCCCCAUAAGUGCUCUUUGUCUCAGGCCGGAAGCUGUCAGCAACAGGUUCUGUUCCAGAGCAAACGGCAACUGCGGUGUGAGUGGGAGGGAGGGAGGGGAGAGACCUGGAUUAGGUCCGUGGAGGAGGCAAGGGUUGAAUCUCCCUCCACCAUGGUGUAGUCCCAAUCUGGGUUGGCCUGUCCUGGUCCUGCUGUUUUAGGAGGGAGAAAUCAAGCAUGCUGGAGCCAGUGUUGUGCGCAACACAGUGCAUCCGUUGGCCCUAUGCACAGCAAAGGAAUGCAGUGCUUGUUGGGAGAAGCACCAGGCGAUGGCGCCCAUGUUCCAAGCAAACACAUACUUUUCCUGCAUGGGCCGUAGAAAACCUUUCUGGUCAACAGAAAGCAAGUGUCUGGCGUGAGAGACAGCAGAGGAGUUUCAGGUAAAGGGACAGAUGGUACUCACUUCAUCAUUUCCCACCCAAAUCCAUGGAUGCCACUAUGGAGAGGAAGUUGUAUUUUAAAAACAAAGACAGAAAAUUGGUGUUGCUCUGGAAUAUAUUUUUGUAUUGAAAGGAUGGAGGCAUACCAAGCAGUCAUCUUCCCCAUUAACCGAAAGCUAUGUUGACUCUGGAGCUUGGUUUUUGGAAAAGUCGCCAGUGAUAUGGUGAACUUUAGAGGAAAAGACUUUGCCAAGGUAGAGUUUUACUAUUUAAAGCAAAAACUAGGAGUCAUGUUCAUUUCAUGGGAUGGCUAAAGGCUGAUGGAAGCCAAUUUGCCAUUCAGUUCUCCAUGGAUGUUGGGCGAACAGGAAAUAAGUCAAUCCUUUUCCUUCUUUUUUUGGUGGGGCGGGGUGGAGAAAUGGUUAUCCAUCCUCUCUUCUGGAGACCUCCGUUCUAAGUUGAUGAUGCUAUUUAAAAUACAGGAAUCCGUUUAUUUUGUUAGCUUUAUUGAACGUGGACUCUCAUAAGGGGAUAAGACUGAGCCUUCGGAGAAGCGUCUCUCACCGUGAGUCUCCUAGCUGCAGUGGAAGCGGUGUGUAUACAGAAUGUAACAAAGAUUCCUUGGCACUGUAUCUGUAAUUAUUUGUACAAAAAUAUCACAAGUCAUAUUUUAUCCUUUAGAUUCUAUCUGUACAGUGGUUCAGGGCGUUGUAAAAACAAAACAAAAAAAAACCCCAAACCAAUGAAAGCGAGUAUUGUUUAAAGUGCUGUUAAGUGUAAUUGGCAAAAUGGCUGAAGCUGGGUCUUCAAAGGUUUGUUGCUGAUUGCUCCUCUCCUGAUCGUAUGGAUGACACUUGUCUUAAGUUGAAUAUUCCCCUGGCUCGUCUGAAUCUCUGUGGUCUUCUUCUGUUCUGACCCCAACCCAUGAAUGAGUCUGUCCUUGAGGCACCUGUGAAUUCUUGGCAACUGGGUUGUGAUGCUUGGCCAGUCCUUAGUUAAUGCUUUCGAAAGCUGCAGGUACGUUUCUGGGAAUACUACGAAGCAAGCCUAGGAAUUGUGUGAGAAGCAGAUGAAGCCUCUUUGGGCAGGUCAUCAGAUGUUGAGUUGCUUAGCCUGUUGAGCAGCUGCCUGGAGGCUGAUGUCUUCCAGGGCUGCAGAGCUCCUCCUGUCCUAGGAACCAAAGCAAGGAGAAGUCUGGUACCGGUGUGUACGGUUAAUAAACUGGAGUGGUGUUUUUCUUCGACGCUGCACUUGACUGCCUUCCUCCUGGGGCUAGCAAUCAUGGAUGAAAGGGAUCCUAGAGCUUGGGUAACCACACCUCCGCCAGGCAGCAGAGCCAGUCAGCAUUUCAGUGGAGGAUCCUGAGAGGAAAGGCCAUCUACAUAGAAUGCAGAAAGCCACUUUCCUAGGAAGUGAAUGGGGGAGAAAGGUGUCAAAAGCUCUUCAUGUAGGACAAAGCAAAAUGCCGGGGGAGACAGGAUGGACUGUGUGGCAGGCUACCCAAUGGCAGUGAGCAUUCUGGGCAUCAUAAUAAUUACUGGGCUUAAAUUCGGCAGAAGAGAGAAGUUGAGGCCUUUGGGCAUCAUUACGAAUUAGAUGGUCCAGGAUUGGCCUGUGCCUGGACACCUCCAAGGAGGACCCCACGGCUGGCCUCAGCGCAGAGAGGAAGCUAGGGGAGGCAGAACCUACUGAGGGAUGGCCUGAGGUUGCUACUGAAUGUGCCAUGGUUGGGGAGGCUGGAGUAUUGGAGGACCCCAUACUCCCUACUGGACCUCCACCAUCCCCUCCAGAGCUUUGAGCAGAAGGGACUAUGGGCCUGUACUGAAGCCGGGAGUUUAAGAGGCAGUAUUGAUUUGGCAGGCUGGGGCCUCCCUUGGAUCAGCCUUGUUCAGGAGGAGGCCGGCUGCGACACCCACAUGGAUCCAGGCCUUGUUGGGGCUCCAGAAAGUGACAGAGCAGCAGAGUCCACUUCAAAACGGCUCAGUCAUCGCCUGGCGGUUGGACCAUAGGAAGCUGCCUUAGAGCGAGUCAGACCCCCUCGGUCUAUCCAGCUCAGGAUUGUCUCCACAGACUGGCAGUGGCUUCUCCAAGGUUGCAGGCAGGAGUCUUUCCCAAACCUAUCUGGAGAGGCUGCCAGGGAUGGAACCUGGGACCUUCUGCAUGCAAAGCAGGUGCUCUACUAGUUUGAGCAGUUGAGCUCAACUGGGCCCCAUCCCCAAUUGUUGGUGCAACAAGUACUUGUGGAUAGCUUGGCACACCUAGUUCCUGCCGAUGCAGGCCUCUUGAUGGAUACCCUGCUCCUGCUUCCUUUGGUCCUGCUGCCGGACCACCACUACUGUUGAUCCAGGCUCCCCUAUCCUGAAACUGCUCAGGUCCUGUUCCCCUAGCCUGGUAGCCCACAGGACAGGCAGCGGAUUAGAUGAAGGAAAGGCAAUUGAGUCAGAACACAGUCACUCAUUACCUGGCCAGGGUGAGAAGAGCCAAGAUGAAUCGACUAUGGAAGAAAUCAUAGUAAAUAAUAACUACUCAGCAUAGGGGUUUGCAGGAGUGUAUUCAAUAUUUUAGCCCCCUCCCCCCCCAGGAAAAAAAAUUUGUGCCAAUAAAUGUUGCAUUCCCAUUCCUAGCACUUUCUUCCCCGUUUCAAAGCACCAAACCAGAGAACAGAGUGUCUUGCGCAUUCCUCAUGGGGGACACAGACGUUCCAUAUUCACUUGCCAUUUUUAAACUUGCUUCACCUUUUUCCUCGAUGGCUUUGCAAAGUUGUAGCUGGCUUCUCCCAACCAGCCCCGAUCUCCCAGGACUUGGAAAGUGAAAUUGCCAAAGCUGAGAUGCCUUUUGAUAAGGAUACGACUCUGUCACAAAUGUGAAACUGGUUUAACUGUCAUGGCUUCCCUGAAAGGGAUUCUGGGAAGAGUUAAUAAGUGAGGGGACUAUCGCAUUCACUCUGAUUCAUGCUCAAAAUAAUCUGUUUCGAAAUAGUACAAUGAUUUUUGGGGAAAGGGAGGGAUGUUUUCAUUCUUAAUGCACCAAUAAUCUCCACUGGAUUACUGUAAAGGGUUCUUGCAUUGGAUUGCUCUUGAAAAGCAUCUGGGAAUUAGUACAGAAUGCUGCGGCCCCUCUGAUUCCAGUACAGAGAAAAUAUGUUCGUCCCGUCAGUCAGUCAGUCCUUUAUUGCGGUCAUAGACCAGUACUUAGAUAAAACAUACAUACUUACAAAAACACCCCAAAAACUCAGCAUAAUAAAACAGACAGAUUGUAACACAAUACUGACAGGUUAAAAUUAAGACAGUUGUGGUGAACUCCAGAUAGAUCUUACUGAAAGCCAAAGGGAGCAGAGCACCCUCCAUUACAAUCAUAAAACAGGAAUCACAGAAAAAAGAAAGCAGAACAUUAUUGAAAACCUAAGCGGAUGUUGCAAAUGAUAUAACAGUACCUUGCCAUUUUGCUAAUUAGUUUGUCAUCAAGACUGGACAGUAAAUACUUCAAAUAGAAGUCAUCCAAAUGCCCAGGAAAACGUUGCAGCAAAGGGGACACUAGUCCUAGCGUGGCUAUUCUUGUUAGCUGUUUACAUUCAGGUUCCAGUGGAAGGUUCUGGAUCUUGCCUUUAGAGCCCUUCAACGGUCUGGGUUCUGCCUCCUGUAGAGCAAAGUGAAGUGAACCAUCCCUGGACGUUUGGGAAAGACUGAAGGGGUGCUGUGUGGCGGAGUGGGAUAGGACAACAAGCCCCUGCCAGCAAAUACAAGAGAAGCAUCACUUGAAAAGAUGCCUCUUUCCCCAGUGAGCAGGGGCUGUGUAACCCGUCCCCUUCCUGUUAAGAACUAAGCUGUUUCUCUCUCCUUUGCUGUUCAGGGAUGCUUCUUGAUGCUCAUUAUUAUUAUUAUUGCACAUUCAUUUAUACAGCAACAUCCGUGUCCAUGGUGCUUUAUGAAGAAGUGGACAUGUCCCUGCCCCUAAGGCUUAGCCUAAGCCCUUAGUCGUUAGUGGCCCUCUCCCUAAGGAAUCGCUGGUAGGAACUUUAGGAUCCUUAGAAGCACUCUUUUGAAACCACUUGGCUAAAACAUACGAUAUGACGAAUAAUUCUAUACCGCUUUUCAACAAAAGUUCCCAGAGUGGUUUACAUAAAUAUGAAUAAAUAAUGAAAUGCCCGGGGGGGGGGAACCCCCAAACUCACCAACAAAUGCCAGCAUUUUUAAAGCCCGCCCCCAUUUAAAUAUGUCUGAAAACUUUGAAUGGCAAGGACAAUCUCCAAAGGGUUCCCUGCUUUGUGCGAGAGAAAAAGGGGGUAAAAUGCUCAAUAUACAGGUGCAUCACUGACGGAUAAGGCAAGCCUGUGUGUUUUCUCCAGAGUUAUUUGUUUUCACUUCUAUGCCAAUUUUCUAAAACUCUUUAAUGGUAUGAUUUAUUCAGCUGGUUGAUAGCUCUACUUCUUAUAUGUUGGGUUCACUGAACAGUGGCCUCUUCUGCAGCCUGCAUAGGUGUUUAGAAGAUGACAGUCUGGAAUGCAGAAAGAGUACUGUAGUUCUCUGGUGUGUCUAAAGGACAAUUCUCUGCACCCUCCUCCAAACUACGAAUCUCAAGAGUUCCUUGGGGGAAGCCAUGAGAUGCUAAACCAUUUGGGCGGGUAGUAGAGAUGUGUCCUUAAGGGAUACUGCUGGGGAGAUACUGCAAGGAAUCGAUGUAUUUGCCAUGUGUGCAUGGAGAAGGCUGAAGUCCAAGAAGGCAGGGUCGCCACGGGAGUCAACAGCUUAUGCUUAGUGAUUGUGUCUUGCUUGGGCUAUGAUCUUAAACCACCUCAGUGGGGAUUUUGAGCCCCACGGUCUGAAUGACAGCAAGCACAAUCACAACACAGCGACAGGAUUCUCCAUCCAGUGGUGAGUUUUGCCUCCACAAAAGUAUUCUUCAAAGAACUGUUGCAGUUACUUUACAACCUCAAGGAAUGGGCCACUGUGGUUGUGAGUUGACAACGCUAUUCAGUAGCCACACGACAAAAUGCUUGCACCCAAAUUUAAGCAGCUGGGCAGCGUGUUUCUUAGGCACUGCAAUCUAACAAACUACCACUGCUAGAAAUAAUUGCACGAUGUUUAACUGUAGAGAGACAGCAUGAAUCGUAUCGGGGAAAUAGGCCCUGCAUUCGACCGGACAAAAUAAUAUGCUGAAUUUAUGAAGCAGGUACAGCGAUUUAAGCAUCCCAGCCGCAUGGUCCAAGCUCAACUUAUUCUGCAUCUUGAUUCCAAAUCUUACACACACAAGAGAGAUAAUUUGUGACAGAGGAUUGAAAUUAAAAAGAGAGAUACAGAACCUAAGACUGAAGGUGAGAUAUUUGUUGAAUGCAGUGUUCUAAAGUCAAAGGAUUCUAAACUUCUGAAAAGCACUGCUAUUUAUGGCUCUUGAUUUACCUAACAGAAAUUUGGGGUCACAGCUUGACGACACAAGUUGCAAGCAGGGGUCCAUCCGUUACAUUUGACACCUCAUGUCCCAGGCAUACGUUUGAGCUUAUGAAAUGCAUUUAUUUGAAGAAUGGGAAAGCGUAUGAUCAGAAUAUAUGUUGGAAUUUAUACGGAAGAAUGUUAUUUAAAACGAAUUAAAAUAAAUGUAUAUAAUUUGUAUCUAC